AUGCUCGCAGGCGGUGAUGACUGGUGUGUAGUCCGUAUUCCAGCCCUUCAUGCUUCGAUUCUUUGCGUGCGCUUCGUCUAUGUUAUCCACCUCAACGUAGCCUAUCCAGAGUACUGGCUCUGUUCUCAAAGCACCCAAGUUUUUAGGAAACGGAGGCUUCAUCGCUGGUUUGUUGUUCUCGUCAACUUUGAUCUGAUUCACCUUGUAUUCCCCCAAAUCCGCAACGACAUACAAGCUCGCAUUUCCGACGGGCAACAUCUCGAGCAGUCCCAGUCUUCUCCACAGAUCUCAUCAGCCACUUCAUCUCUCUGGAUCGGUUGUCCUCCGGCCAAGACCCUCGACGCGAUGGAGUCAAGCGGCGGUGCGGACUGGAGCCAGUAG